GCGGGAGAAGCAAAGCACUUGCUGGCGGUUCUUGCCGCGGCCGUGUCGGCGUGGGGCGGGUCACGCCGUAGCCCCGCAGCCCGGCAACACCCGUUCCCGUGUCCCAGCCCGAUCUGAGAUCUAUGGUGGAACAAAGGCAAGCUUCAGUUCCCAGGUGCAGUGUGUAAUAUUGCUAAAACUUCCAGAUGACGGAUAUGUUGAUUCGUCAGAUUUUCAGGACUUUCUGGGUACCAUCAAACAAUUCAGAGAAUCUCUCUCUGUCUUUUUUUUUUUUUUUUGAACAGUAUUGUCAGAAAAGCCAACGACUUUCACAAUCACUGUGACAUCUGAAGCUGGAGAAAAUGAUGAAACUGUCCAAACAACCCUUAAAUUUACCUAUAGAAAAAGAUACCCUGAUGAAACUCCACUUUAUGAAAUUGUCUCACAGGAGAAUCUUGAUGAUAAUGAUGUCACAGACAUAAUAAAACUACUAGAACAACAGGCAGAAGAAAAUUUAGGAAUGGUAAUGAUCUUCACUCUAGUCUCAGCAGUACAGGAGAAAUUAAAUGAAAUAGUGGAUCAAAUAAAAACACGGAGAGAAGAGGAAAAGAAACAGAAAGAAAGAGAAGCAGAAGAAGAAGAGAAACAACGUUUUCAUGGCACGCCUGUUACCAUUGAGAAUUUCCUAAACUGGAAAGCGAAGUUUGAUGCAGAACUCCUAGAAAUAAAAAGGAAAAAAAUGAAAGAAGAAGAACAAGCAGGCAAAAAUAAAUUAAGCGGUAAACAGCUGUUUGAAAUGGAUCACAACCUUGACACCUCUGACAUCCAGUUCUUGGAGGAAGCUGGAAACAGCGUGGAGGUUGAUGAAUCUUUAUUCCAAGAAAUGGAUGAUUUAGAGUUAGAGGAUGAAGAGGAUGAUCCUGACUACAACCCUGUUAAUUUAGAUAGUGAUUAGACUUUUUUUGAACUGGCUCUGUCAUCAGUAUGGACAUACGUAAGGAGAGAGGGGCAGGCAGAAAAGCCACAGCAUCUGUGGUUUUAGUCAUGUGUAUUGGUUUUCUCUUUUUUCUUUUUUUCCAAAGAAAAAAAACCAAAAUAUUUUAAAUCCAGAAGAAUGGUCUUCUGAUUACUUUCAUUGUAAAUAAAUCUAUUUCAGUAUUUCAAAUGAAAAA